AUGGCUUCCCCGCGCCUCGGGACCUUCUGCUGCGCCACGCGGGACGCCGCCACCCAGCUGGUGCUGAGCUUCCAGCCGCGUGUGUUCCACGCACUAUGCCUGGGCAGCGGCGCGCUCCGCCUGGCGCUCGGCCUCCUGCAGUGGCCGUCUCAAGAGCGCCGCCGGUGCCCCGCAGGCCCCUCCGAGUCCCCAGCGGCCUCCACGCGCGACCCAGCGGCUUCCCGAAUACUGCGCGCUGCCUCUGCCUGCGACCUGCUCGGCUGCUUGGGCAUUGCAGUCCGCUCUGCCAUGUGGUUGGGAUUCCCUGAGUUUGUGGAGCGCAUCUCUGAGGUGAAUGGCACAGAUCCAUGGCCCUCAGCCUUCUGCGUGGGAAGUGCUGUGUGGGUUCAGUUCCUGUACAGCGCUGGCUUCUGCUGGCUCUUCUGCUAUGCACUUGAUGCCUACCUGGUGGUGCGAAGAUCCACGGGACAGAGUACCAUGCUGCUCUACCACAUCAUGGCCUGGGGCCUGACUCUUUUGCUCUGCGUGGAGGGUGGUCUCAUGCUGUAUUCGCCAUCUGUGCCCAGGUGCGAGAGGGGCCUGGAGUACACGGUCCCCCACUACGUGAGCACCUACUUGCCACUGCUGCUGGUCCUGCUGGCCAACCCCAUCCUCUUCGGGAAGACUGUGGCAGCUGUAUCCUCACUGCUCAAAGGAAGACAAGGCGUCUACACAGAUACCGAGAGACGGAUUGCUUCCAUGCUCAAGACCCGCUUCGUCAAAAUGAUGCUGGUUCUCAUUGUGUGCUGGGUGCCCAACAUCAUCAACGAAAGCCUCUUGUUCUACCUGGAGAUGCAGACAGAUGUAAGCACCCACUCCCUGAAGCCCCCCAGGAUUGCCGCCAAAACCACCUGGAUCAUUCUGGGCAUCCUGAACCCAGCCCACGGCUUCCUUUUGUCCCUGGCCAUCCACGGCAGAGGUGGCUGCAGCCUGCACUGGCCAGCUCUGAGAAAGGAUGUCCCCUGGGUGUCACUGACCACCGAGGGCUCCAGUGCUCCCCAGGAUGGCCUCCCUCCCCCAAAGUUGGUGCCUGGUGGAGGACACACAUCAGAUGAAGCCCUGAGCCUGCUGACUGAAGGCUCUGAUGCCAGCACCAUUGAGAUCCACAUGGGCAGUGAGGCCGGCCAUGGACAGGAAGCAAACCUGGUGCCUGUGAUCCACAGAGACCUGUGA